GAGAUGCGGACGGUGGGUGGGAAUAAAGGGAAACGCUACUCCCAGCGAACCGCCGCCGUCGCUCCCGAGGCCUCACCAAAAUGGCCGCCGCCCUCUCGGCCGCCACCACCACCACCACCACAACCAACAGCUCGCUAUCGCUACCGCCGGCGAGGCCCGUCGUCUCGCGAGAGACAAUCACCCCGUGAGCUAAAGUAUGUUAGUAAUGGAGUCUGGACCCUCUGUUUGCCGUGGCAGCCUACUUCUGUAGCACUGGCUCGUUUUAUGUGAGGGUGAGAAAGCUUCUAAAUACCUGUGCCGUCUGUUCACAAACUUUCUAGGCUAAGAAUCCCUUAGAGAAUCUGA